UAGACACGUGGAAGGUCUCAAUAAGGUGGGACUGAGGCGGUGCUACAUAUGCAUAAAUAAAACUGGUGCAACAGGUGAUGAUGUUGAUACAGCAGAAGAAAGCGCAAUAGCACUGAGAGAGGACACGCAGGACAACUCCGACUGGAAACAUAUUACAGCACCUGAAAAUAUUCCUGGACAAUAAGGUAAAAAAGAAGUAGGGCUACAGGUCAUCAAAGAGAAAGAGAAAGAGUUUCAGAGAGGAAAACAUCCAGAUCACUCAGCAAUGACAUCCUAUGAAUCUCAAGGUCAUUCUCCGACGAGAUGUGGCCCUCAGUUCCCAAGCUUGGGACAGGAACCUCCAGAAUUGAGUCUGUACAGCGACAGCUACUAUCCACCACCAUCACUGCCGAGUCCACAGAGAGCAAAUCCUUCCUCAUAUGAACUCGCAGACUACGCUGCCUCAUCGCCUAACCCCUACCUGUGGUUCAACAGCCCAGGGAUGAACAGCAGUCCUUAUCUGGGUGGAACACCAGGCCCUGCAGGACCGCCUUUUGUUCCCCAGCACUACGGCAUGCAGAGGGCCUAUUUAGGACCUGGGGGACCAGGUGGUCCUGGUGGUGAUCUGAGCUGGUUCUCUAUGCCUUCUCAAGAGGAACUUAUGAAGCUGGUCAGGCCACCUUAUUCAUACUCCGCUCUUAUUGCCAUGGCCAUACAUGUUGCACCAGAACGCCGCCUCACUCUAAGUCAGAUUUAUCAGUAUGUUGCAGAAAACUUCCCUUUUUAUAACAAGAGCAAAGCAGGAUGGCAAAACUCUAUUCGUCACAACUUAUCACUAAAUGACUGUUUCAAAAAGGUUCCACGAGAUGAAGAUGAUCCAGGGAAGGGUAAUUACUGGACCUUAGAUCCAAAUUGUGAAAAAAUGUUUGACAAUGGCAACUUCAGACGCAAGAGGAAGAGAAAGUCUGACAGUCUCAUAGAGAGGAGCAGUUCUGGAGGGAAUCUGAGGUCAGAGUCAGGAGACAGUAAUGGCAGGGGCAGUCCAAAAAAUCAAGCUGUUGACAUAUCCACUUCGCCUGAAAAGAGUCCUUCACCCGCAUCCACGGGUCCGUCACCAUGCUUGAGCAACUUCCUGACUGAGAUGUCUGGCGUAGCUGGUUCUCUGGAUAUGGAUGGAGAUCCCCUGAGUCGUCCCUUUACACUCAGUCUGCCGGUGGAUGGAGUACAGAGAGCUUCGCAGCCCGCAGGGUUUGGCACUUACUCCCCCGGCUCCACGGUGUCCGAGUGGGCGUCACCUCUGCCCCCACCACCCCCCAUUUCCCCAUCACCCUCCCACUCCACUUUAGGCUACAGCGGGCCUGCUCUCAGUCAGUUUAAUGGGCAUUUCUACCCUGGUUUGAGCUCGACAGGUAUUCUUUACCCUCGGGAGGGCACAGAGGUGUAGGAAGGGAAGUUGGUGACAGCCAAAACAGAAAAAACUGAAUGAUCAAUUCACGCUACAGACACUGGGGGCAAAAAAAAAAGAACUUGUUUUCCUGAAACUAUACACUGCUUUUGGCCUAACUGAAAUCCUUUGAGAUCUGUGGGCACAAGAUACGAAUGAAUUCCCACAGGAAUGGCCUAGUCAGCAUGAGAUAUGACAGGCUGACUCUAGCAAAGGCCCCUGUUACCAGCAGCCCUGACCUGGGGACAGCUGCUGACAUCAAGCCAUUUUAUGCACAUCUGAUUCUUACUUAGCUCAGAUUACUGACACUGAAUUCAAGCACAUAUAAUGAAACAGAAGAGAAUAAUUACUUCUUAUGUGGGCAGAGAAACUCCAGUGAAAAUACAUACAGUGAAGCAGAAUUUAUUCUGAUGCAUGCUGGUAUUGUCAUAUGAUAAUGUCAGUCUUUGUAUUUUAACAUGACAAUGUUGUAUAGUUGUAAAGCUGGGUAUGUGUGAAGGAUGGAGUGUACUUUAAUUAAUUUUACUUUAUUAUGAGGUCUUUAAGGGUGUAUACUGCUUCUUCUUUUUUUUAUAAAACAUAUUUUAAAUAAAAUUGACUUAUGUUAUUCAAUUGAAAUUAAUUAUAUUUGUAUUUGACAAAAUAAUUAAUUCCUUUAAAUUUUACCUAAAGCAAAAUUGAUCUCAGAUUUAGAAUCUCCAUGAAAAAAAAAAGAAAAAAAAGAGAUGACCUUGACAGAACUAGAACUAGUUUCACCAGGUCACUCUAACUGUCAUCACUCCUCCCUUUUUUUCUCAAAACUUUCACUAUUAUGUAGGCUACUGCUGAGCCCAUUGUUUUUGGCAGUGCUUCAAAUAUACUUAAAAUUGGUCAGCAUUUGUAUUCAUAUGAUGAUGACAUAGGGAUAAUAAGUUGUAAGAUAGCACAGUAGCUGCUCGAGAUAAGAGCUUAAUGUUUUUGUUUAGUUAACAGAAAAUUUGAUACAGCCAGACAGUGACAGAUAACAGAUUCCUCCAUGUUCUGCUCUAUGAUUUCUGUUCCAUUGUGUAGACGCUGAUGUGAUGAAAACAUCAUUAUUCUUAAAUAUAGUGGUUUCAAAAAGCAUUUGGACAUUUAUAGACAUAAUAGAUUUGUAGGUUUGAAAUUAUAAAACAAUAAAUAUCAAAUUUUAACUUAAGAAAAAGG